AUGGCACAGGGGAAACUUUGCUCGGCCAAUCCGGUUCAUGGUCGACGCCCCACCGUGAUAAGGCUCGUGAAUAAUACGAGAGUGGAAGCGGUAGAAGUCUUACAGUACGUUUUGGAGACUUACAAGGCUCCAAACUCAUUCAGUCUACCCCAGAAUCCGGAAAUUAUUAUAAACCAGGAACAAUCUAGGAAUAUGAGACGAAUUAGGACGUGGCACCGCAAAAAUUCAGCCUCAAUCGCGAGUCGUCAAAGCGCAGGGGAUAAAUCACAUUCAUGGUUCUUGGUUUUUGUGGAUGAAAUAUUUUGGCCAAAAGAUUCAGGCAUCAACAAUGAUGGGCGAGGUGAGGAAAGCGUCGAGGUGAAGCAGCAAACCCCGCAAGAGAUGGAUUUAUUUCACGAGCCACUCCCAGUCCUCGUUAAGGACUCCACUCGCUGGGCUAAGGGGCAGGAUCGGCAAGCUAGCGUCUACCACGGAUGA